CAAAGAUGGCCCUACGUAACCUUGUGCUGUUGGUUGGUUUGGUCUCUGUGACAAGUGCUGCCUUCAACUGGUGCCGGAUCUUCCACGAGGGCUCCGAAUGCGUCUCUUCCUGUCCACCUGGUAUAACGCCACAUGAUCAGGGCAAAGCCCCUUCAUCUUUGUGUGACGAUGGAUUUAGCUGUUGUGGCGUCACCCCUGGGGAGCCAGUUGUUGACCCCAGCGACCAAACUACCUCUGAUGCCGACGUCUGUGGCCUGGUUGCUGGAAGAACAAGACGAUCAAUUGGAGGUAGUGCUGCAACUCGGUGCUCGUGGCCCUGGCUUGUGUCAGUCAGGUUCAGUUCACCUGUAUUCACCAGCUCUCAUGUCAUGAACGCAGUUCUUGUUUCCAAAGAGCAUCUUCUUGUUGAUAAAAACACAUUCGAUAUCUACAAAACUAUCACAUUUGGAGCACUUGAAGCAUACUUUGGAGACUACUUCAUAAAUAUGGAUGGCGAUGAAGAUGAGAAAAUGACGAUAGAUCUGGAAAACCCAGAGAAUAUUGAACAGUCAGGUUUGGUGAUUCUGAAACUAACCAACGAAGUAAACGUGUCGCCUUGUGUCCGUCCCGUAUGUACAUCUAAUACAACAACUGAUCUGGACAUGAGUGCCUGCAAAAUGGUUGGCUGGGGACGCAGAGAUAGCGGGAAUGGGGAACUUGCGUUUGCAGCUGUGCCGUUAGAACAGAGUGUAACCAUUCUGGACAAAGCAUCAUGCAUGGCCAUCUCAAGUGGGACUGGUAUACCGUUCACGGACAACCUUCUCUGCUUGGACAUGGAACAAGGUCACAGCACUACGGGGGAUGAUACUGGAAGCCCAAUAAUGUGUCCUGACAGCGACCACCAGUGGCAUCUUCAAGGAGUUCUGAUCAGAGCCAACUUUAAUGAAACCACGAGGCUUGCUCUGACUCCUUCUAACGCUGUCGCUUUUAAUUCUUCCUGGAUCUAGGCACCGGUUCUGUUCAAAUGAGAUGUUGGCUGUCUGAGCUGAGAAAGACUCCACGUUUACACUAUGACAACGAUAUUUUGACACAUUGCUUUGUUGAAAAUAUGUAACUUCAAUCAAUUAAAUGCAUAGUCCGUACAAAAGGCA